UGUAACAUUUCCUGCUGGUAAAGGGUCACUCACAUGAGCGCAGAGUUUGGACCAAAUUUCUCUUGAAGCUCACAUUUCUGCCGACAGUAACGUAGCCGUGGAACAAGAUGCUGCGCUCGCUGUGUCGGACCGGCGGACUCAUUCUGCAGCAGACCCAGCGGACCGCGCCGAGGCUGUGGGUGACGCCGGCGCAGCAGCGAUGGGCGUCCAGCCUGCCCAUGAACACGGUGGUCCUGUUUGUCCCUCAGCAGGAAGCCUGGGUGGUCGAGAGGAUGGGCCGCUUCCACCGCAUCUUAGAACCGGGUUUAAACUUCCUCAUCCCGCUUCUAGACAGAAUCCGCUAUGUGCAGAGUCUCAAAGAAAUAGUGAUCGAUGUUCCCGAGCAAUCAGCAGUGUCUCUCGAUAAUGUAACGCUACAGAUCGAUGGAGUGCUGUACUUGAGAAUUCUCGACCCUUUUAAGGCCAGCUACGGCGUCGAGGAGCCAGAAUACGCAGUCACACAGCUGGCGCAGACCACCAUGCGGUCGGAACUGGGAAAACUGACACUGGACAAAGUCUUCCGGGAAAGGGAAUCCCUCAACUCCAACAUCGUCCACUCCAUCAACCAGGCAUCAGACGAGUGGGGGAUCCGCUGCCUCCGCUACGAAAUCAAAGACAUCCACGUGCCGCCUCGCGUAAAGGAAUCCAUGCAGAUGCAGGUGGAGGCCGAGCGGAAAAAGAGAGCCACGGUGCUGGAGUCCGAAGGAACAAGGGAAGCAGCCAUUAAUGUUGCCGAAGGUCGUAAACAAGCCCAGAUCCUGGCUUCAGAGGGACAGAAAGCAGAGCAGAUCAAUAAAGCAGCUGGUGAAGCCCAAGCAGUUUUAGUCAAAGCGGAGGCGAAGGCCAAAGCCAUCACCCUCCUGUCAGACGCUCUGACUCAGCAAAAUGGAAAUGCUGCCGCUUCCCUGACUGUGGCCGAGCAGUACGUAUCUGCGUUUUCCAACCUCGCCAAGGAGUCCAACACCAUCCUGCUUCCCUCCAAUACCGGGGACAUCAGUGGAAUGGUCUCACAGGCUAUGACCAUUUACAGUACAUUGGCAAAGGCGAGUCCAAAAGCACCUCCAGAGGAGCCGCAGCCGAGCAGUGAGGAGGUCCGAACCGAGCCCGAGGAGCAGAGGAAUCACUAACAGACUCUCAACCAGAAGGAUUUGUUUGAGUUGCUGGGGCUCAGAGUUACCACUGUGUGAGCUCCUACUGAUCCAUCAGGAGGAAAAAAACACCAAAUCAUAUAAACUCUUCCCAGUUCUGGAUGGAGCCCCGUCGUUAAACUAAGUUUUCCAAGCGGAUUUGUCAUCUUUGCUGUCUGUUGUUUUGGUUCAAUCCUUGUCUGAUUUGGAAAGUAAGAUCAGCCAGUAGCCACACGAGUUACUCCGGCAGGCUGAGGUAGAUGCAAAAAUAAGCCCCAAGUUUUGUGAUUAAAUUCAUUCCUGUCAAGCAAUUUCUGUUAUUACCUGUCACCCACUUUACCUUGAGUUUACCAUCCAGUUCUGUUUCACGUGUUCACCUGUUGUGAACUGUCUUCUCGGGCUGGCCCAAAUAGCUGCAUUCAGGAUCUGUGAUAAUAUUGAUAACCCAUUCUUACCUCAGGUCAUGCGUUUUAUUUGAUGUAGCUGAUUUACAGAAAUCAGCCACCUUUAGCAUCGCUGAGACCGGCUACUGGGGAGUGUAGUUAAUUUACAGUCAGCUGAGUUUUGCUUUUUGGGAGUGGGUAUCAUUCAGAAAGAUUCCAGAUUAUUCACCCUCAGUUACUGGAUUGAAUUUGCUUUUAGUUCUCCAACUUCACGUUUGUAUCCACCUCUGAUGUCUUAUGGGCUGUAUUUAUUAAAUUGAAUGACGCAGUAAAGGUGAUGAUGUUUGUCAUUUCAUCUGGAUUUCUUGUCACAGCCUGUGUCGUUUGACAAUUAGUAAAUGAAUGCACAUAAGUGACUUGUGAAGUACAAAAAUAAAAAGAUGCUUCAUGAAAG